CGUGAGGCGUAAUAACAUCGCGGAGUUUUCUUGGAAUUUGCUGAUAUUUUGCACGGAGGACGGCAUCCUUCUCAUCUAUCCUCUGUGGCACUAUCCUAAGGUGAAGGCGACUGCCGAUAUGUAGGCGGCAUGAAGGCUGGCAAGCGCUACAAACAACUUGCUGCUUUUAGCCCAAUGCACCAGCUGCGCUGCAGUCCCGCCUUCCUUUUAUAAUGAAGCAACGGCCAGGCCCUGCCUAGAACUGGGAUCCUCCCACCCCCCAGUGAACCAGAGUGCUGGUGUAUAAACGCAGUCCGCAGCGUCUUUCUACUGUCAGAAUCAGACCCGAUCUGUUUCGAAGGGGCUGCCUACCCCAGGCAUGGCUGAAGGUUGCGCUUCAUUAUGGCUCUUCGACAUUAUACGCUCGACUUCAGCCUCACUGCACAAGCUGACAGCAGCGCCACCCUUAAAGAACUGCAGUCGGUCUUUCAAGAACAAGAAAUGACAGAAACGGUUCAUAAUAUUGAGAGAAAUAACUGUCUUGUGACUUACUAUGGCAAAAAUGGCAGGUUUGCAGUUGUUCGAUUCCAGUCAUGUGGAUUUGUUUCCAUAGAUUUUCAGAGCUGUGAGGGAGAUGAUGAGAGUGAAGCUUAUGAUCUGCUUAAUUCACUGGAAGAAAAAAUGAAAGCUCUAUUGCAUAGCAAUAUUAAAAAGAUAAAAAGGUUACCAGCUCUCAUCCGAGGUGGAGCUAUUGAUCGCUACUGGCCUACAGCAGAUGGCAGACUUGUAGAGUAUGACAUAGAUGAAGUUUUGUUUGAUGAUGACUCUCCAUAUCAGAAUAUUAAAAUUCUUCAUUCACAGCAGUUUGGAAACAUUCUUAUCCUCAAUGGGGAUGUUAAUUUAGCAGAAAGUGACUUGCCAUAUACCCAGGCCAUUAUGGGCAGUGGAAAAGAAGAUUAUGCUGGGAAAGAAGUGCUGAUUCUUGGAGGAGGAGAUGGAGGAAUUUUAUAUGAAGUUGUCAAGUUGAAACCAAAGAUGAUUACCAUGGUGGAAAUUGACCAAAUGGUAAUAGAUGGAUGUCGGAAACACAUGCGCAGAACAUGUGGAGACGUCUUAGACAAUCUCACAGGAGACUGUUACCAGGUUUUAGUUGAAGACUGUGUCCCUGUUUUAAAGAAAUAUGUGAGUGAGGGGAAGACUUUUGAUUAUGUUAUAAAUGACUUGACUGCGGUACCCAUUUCAACAGCUCCAGAGGAAGAUUCAACAUGGGAGUUUUUAAGGCUAAUCCUUGAUCUUUCGAUAAAGGUGCUCAGACCCAGUGGGAAGUACUUUACACAGGGAAACUGUGUAAAUCUGACUGAUGCUUUGAAACUAUAUGAGGAGCAACUUGGUCUACUUUCCUGUCCUGUGGAAUUCUCUAAAGAAAUUGUUUGUGUCCCUUCUUACAUGGAAUUAUGGGUAUUCUAUACUGUAUGGAAGAAGUAAAUGCAGACUUGCAUCACAAAAGAAAUGCACACUGCAUGAAAGCCUGCACUCUAAGAAGCAUGAUUUCAAACUGAGCCUUGGACUUAAGAAAUACUGUAGAUAAAAGUGAAAUUUUGUCUUGUGUUUAGGGAAGGUUGCUAUUGUUAAAUUUUGUUUGUUUUUAUAUAUAUUUUUAUUUUAUAUAAUUAAAAAGAAUUAAGAAUGUAUAUUUGAUGAAAACUGGUUAAUUGUGUGAAUGCCAGUGCCUGAAUUUAAAAUUGGCCGUUUAAGGUAAAAGCUACUGAGUACUCAAAACAAAUUUAGGAGGCCUUUUAAGUUAUACAUCAUUUUGUAAGAAUUCUGAUUUUAAUGAAACUAUACAAAGGUUUACAUUUACAAUGCAGUGAUUUGUUUUUUUGUGAGAUAUUCUUAAUUCUACUUUUAACAUCACCUGUUAAAACGUAUGGUGCUUUAGAGCAUUGGCCACUGAUGUGAUCUUGGGCUUCCGAUUCAGAAUGUACAGGGAUACGUUUGAACAUAGUUAUGCUUUGCACUUGUUUGUAAAGGGAAAUGAUGAAUUUUAUUUUUUGUUUACUUCUCUAUUUGACUUAUUGCUUCCUAUUCUGUUUUCUUUCCCUUUUCCACAAUGACAAGGUCCAUCAAUCAACACUGGGAAUUUAGCAACCUCUGUCAAUGUACUUUGGUUAAUUAUAGUAUGGAUUAACAGUAGGUUAGAAAGGUUUCUGCCAUCUUAUAAAUUUCACAGAUUUAAUUUGUUACCCUUCAUUCAGACAGUUUUCUUGUGUAACAGCUGUUUGUUUUUUUUGUUUUUUUUUUUCUUCCUCUUCUUUAAACAAGCAGUAGAUAUCCUGUACAAAAAGAAAAGCAAAUGUCUUACGUUGGCUUAUCUGUAACCAGCUUUUGUCCAUUUUCACACUGCACAGAAUUUAAUAAUAAUUAGAACUAAACAGCAUUCACAUUAAUAUCUGCUCUUCUUUCAUUACAUCUUGUGUGGUUUUUACUGAUAAUUUCAGAAAUUGAUUCUAGCGUGCAGUAGGCUGAAAACCAACUUGCACAUGUAAAAAGCAGCAUAAACACUAUAGUGUACCGUAAAUGAGGACAUCUGGAAUUUUUUUAACAUGUAUAGCUGCAAUUUUUCUGAAAUUAAAUGCAAAUUAUAAAAGUGUUUUGUUUUAAUUAUAUAAAGGGAAUAAAGUGUAGUUACCAUUUUAUAAGCUCACUUUAUACCUCACAGUCAGUAUUUUAGUUCUGGUGUUCUCUUUGUUUAACUAGUAGGCCCACUAUCUAACCACAAUGAGUAGUUUUGUACUAAUAAUAUGUUGGCCUUUAUUUUUGGCACUUAUGUUUUAUUUUUGCUACUUCAGCUUCACAACAAAAAAAGUCUUUGUUGAUCUGUUCCAAAAUAUAUGCCAUUUUGGGAGGCCCCUUUGCUCCCAAACCCACAAUUCUUUCAGACCACUAGACUGUAUACUGUGGUAGUGUGUUUAUCCAGAUUGUCAGCAUUCCAGCUAGUAGUAUGAGAUUGGAGAUGUUGACUUUUGGACACUUCAGAAAGUAUUACAUAAAAACGUCACUUGCCCAUAAAUCUUUUUUUUUUUUUUUCUCCCUUCUCCUUUCUGGUUUCCCAUGUAAGAUACUAGAAGACCUAUAAAGGCUGGACUUAUUUUAUUUUUUUUAUUCUUGCAUACGCUAAAAUUCCAAUUUGAAAAUGUGAAAUAUUUUAAUAUAUGUAUUAAAAGUGUAAAUUAAAUUAGGUUUAUUUUUGGUAGAAUAACUUGGCAACUUGGAAUCUUUUGAAACUUUUACACUGCACAACGUUUCCCAUUCCAUUCCAUUUACAUACAUGGAUCAGAAAAGAACAGGCGGACUUAAUGCUGGGAAAUGGUCUGAUAGCUGGUGAGACAUACCAUUAGUAAUGCAGAGCCUCACGUCAGGUAGCUGUGUGGAGAGGCUUGGGGGACUUUUACCUUCAAUUAAUUAGUAGGUUUAAUAUGCAAGAUUACUUUGGGGGGGGGGGGGGAGUGCUUUGGGAGAAAAGCUUUUUGUAAAUAUAAAAAUUAAUCUUGUUAAUUUUAUGUACAAAGAAUGCGUGUUACUGAUGAUGUAUCAUCUACAGUGCCUAAAAAAAUAUUCACCCUCUUUGGAAGUUUUCACAUUUUUUUGCUACACAAUACUGAAUCACCAUGGAUUUAAUUUGGCUUUUUUUGACACUAAUCAACAGAAAAAGACUCAUGUCAAAGUGAAAAAAGAUCUCUGUAAAGUGAUCUAAAUUAAUUACAAAUAUAAAAACAAAAUAUUUAAUUGCAUAUGUUUUCACCCCCUUCAAGGCAGUAUUUAGUAGAUAUACCUGAACACUAUGUGCACAGGUCUCUCUCCAUCAGCUUUGCAUAUCUGCACACUGUAGUCCAAGUCCAUUCUUCUUUGCAAAACUGCUAAUGUUCUGUCAGGUUGCAUAUGAAUCAUGAGUGAACAACCUUUUUUUAAGUCCAGCCACAGAUUUUUAUAUGUAUUGAGAUCUGGACUCAGACUUGGUCACUUCAGGACAUUUUAACAUUGUUGUCUUCUGUAGCAUUGUAUUUAUUCUUGGGGUCUACUGUCUCACUUGGAAACAAAUCUUCUCCCAAGGUGCAGAUUGUAUUCAUGUUAUCCUCUACCCUUAACAAGCCUUCAAGUGCCUGCUGCAGAGAAGCAUUCCCAUAGCACAAUGCGACCACUACCAUGCUUGUUUUAACGUAAAACAGUGGCUUUGUCUUUGUCAGCCUUCCAUAAACUGCAAUUGUUGAAGCACCUGGGCAACAGUUGUUGUAUGCAUAGUCUCUCCAGUCACAGCCACUAUACCUUGUAACUUCUUCAGAGUUAUCAUAGGUCUCUUGGUGGUCUCCCGUCGUCUUGCACGAUCACUCAGUUUUCAUGGACAGCCUGUUGUAUGUAGAUCCACAACUCUGUCAUACACUUUCCAUUUCUUAAAUAUGCUUUUAAUCACUUUUCCAUGGAGUUCCUUGGAGUAUUGUUUUGUCUUCAUUAUGUGGGUUGGUCCACAAAACUGACUCACCACAAAUUGGCCUUUCCAGAUAAGAAGCAUUUAUGCUACAAUCAACUGAAAUGCCAAAUAGGUAAUCACCAUUAACCUAAUUAUGGGAUCUCUCACUGAUGCUGUCAAUUGGCUUUACAAUUUAGAUGUGUCACAUUAAAGGGGCUGGAUAACAAUGUGAUCAGUUAUUUUGUGUAUUAUUUUUGUAAUUUUGAACACGGUUUCACAUUAACCAGUGUGAAAAAAAAAUGAAAUUAAAUCCACUGUGAUUCACUGUUGGAUAAAAAUAAAAUGUGAAACCUUCCAAGGGGUGACAGCCUUUUAUAGGCACUGAAUAAAUAACAAUAAAAAUGUGUCUGUAUAGAAGAAAACUCUCUCUCUUCUAAACGCUGCAAUUUAAAAUCUAAUCCCGAAUGCCUCCUUACAUUUUUUUUUUUAUUAUUGGUAUUCAGUAAAUGUGAUUGGACUAGUUCAGGGGUCCUCAAUCACAGUCCUGGAGGGCCACAGUGGCUGCAGGUUUUUGUUCUAACCCGGUUGCUUAAUUAGAAGGCAAUUCUUGCCAAUAAUUUCAUUUCAUGGCUUGUUAGUGCUUUAACUCUGCUGUGUCAGGUAAUUCUCAUAUCCUAGAUUGUUGUCCCCUUUCUAAGGAUAUCAUCCAAAUGAUUUGAAGGCUAAAAUGGAUGACUAAUUCUCAGUCCUUCACUUUAUUCUCUUCACUUUCCUUCCAAGUAUUUAAUUAAACCCAAUAGUGCAUGAUAAAUACACACAGGUGUAAAUGGUAACAAGCUUAAUGGAGAAAUGCUGGUCUCUUUUGUCAUUUGCAUGUUAUUGCUAAUUAGGAGCAAUUAAAAACAGAGAAUACAGCUGUUUAAGACUAAAAUAAGCACUAAGGGUUCAAAAUCUUAAUGAGCGAGACAAAUAAAGUGAAGCAGAAAUGUUACUUGAACAAUAAGAGCUUCUUAUUAAGCAACUGGGUUGGAGCAAAAACCUGCAGCCACUGCGGCCCUCCAAGACCGUGUUUGAGGACCCCUGGACUAGUCCAACAUUACGAGCAUUCUUAAAUGAGGAGAAACCUUGGAUGAGCAUAAACUACAGACUGUCUAUCAGUUGAUGGGAUGCCAUUUACCCAUAGUCACUUUGCAAGGUGUAAUCAGGUGUGAGCUAAAUGUCGAUGUAUCGUCAAUCUAUGGGUUUAUAAUCGCAGAGAAGUUUUUAUUUUUUUUAGAAAUAAUUUGAAACUGUCUACCAUUUGAAGAUUGUGCAUAGUAUUGUAACUGCAUUCAGUGUCCUUUAUCUUGUAUAAAUACUAUGGCUCUGAGCGCAGCUCCUGUUAAUAAGCCUUUCAGCAUAUUCUUCUAAAGUGGUUUUCUGAUGUCUGGCAGUGUUGUUCUGCACAAAGACGCACUUUCUUCUUUAUACCCCUUUCUUUUCUGUGUGUGAAUUAUCCUAAUCACUGCUUUUUACUACACAAUAAGUAUACCAGUCCACUAGAAUACAACAUCAAGACUGAUGAAUAUAAAAUCCAGCAUGCAUCAUCCUCAAAUGAGCAUUAUAUCGUAAACCCUAGUCAUUCGGAGUAUGGUACAGGCUGGAAUGGAAUGCGUACUUUGCCAUGGUCACUGUCUGUGUAGUGUAAAAGUAUCAAUUAUUGAUUCACACUUUAAAUAUGGAGCUGUCCCAGGGUAUAUAUUUGUUACAAAGAUUAUUAACUGAGACACUGGAUGAAUAUUGGAAAUGUUUGUAAUCGCAGUUUACAUGAAUCACAAAGAUUUCUCAAUUGCUGUGUUAUUUAUUCCAGACCACAGUUGUCUGACGAUUUUAAUCGUAUAUAUACAACUUGUUUCUUGUGAGGUUUGUGAUGUCCUUCUACUAAAUAGGAUUCUGCUGUCUGUAAUUCAUGAAAUUUUGAGUAUUAAAGUCCUAUUGUUUGUCUGAAGUAUACAACAUUAACAGCAUGUUCCUUUUAAUUAUAGGCAUACUUUUGACAUGUUUGUAGUGUUAAGUUGGUUAACUAUUAUUCAAUAAUUUGCAGUUAUUCAGUUAAAAAUCCACUAUUUAAUUAGUAGAAGCUAGCUGAAUAAAUCAUUGUUUUGCUUUUUAUUUUUAAAGUGAAUGUUUUGCUGUGAAUGUUUCACCUUUAUUUAUUCCAAGAUAAACUUUUUUGGUUGUUCUCAAAGUGAUUAAAAAAGUGAUAGCUUUUCCAAAGCCUAUGUAUGAAGUAAGUUUUAUUCUUAAACCAACAAUGAGAGAGCUAGAUUGUGACAGAUUUGUCAAAUUGUGCUGUUCAGCUUUUUAUAGACUCUCUUUAUCGGCAUUUCAGAUAGUUUUGUUGGCAGUCGAAGUAGACAGGAUUAUUUAGUAGAUUGUAGCAGAUUAAUGUCACUGCUACAUCCACAGAAGUUAUUGCUGGCAGCUUAGCCCAGAGCCAGCGUCACACUACAUGACUUACAAUGAAUUUUUUAACAUUAUGUAAGGUUUUGGAGAGUUGCAGUGCACUCGUGGUGGCCCUAGGGAGUCGGCCACUCUCUAUGACUAUCUGUGAAAAAUUAGGCAGCAUUAGGUAGACCUCAUAAUGAGCUGAAAGUCAGGGGGUGAGAAUCAACAGCCUGUGAGGGCUCAGCUGGAAGCACAAUGCAUACAAUGCUCAGAAACUAUGAAUGAUAGUGUAGUCCAAGAGACUUGCUUUAAUUCUAACAGUGGAGAGAUUCAACCAUCUUGGAAGUUUACACCGCUGUCUCUUCGAUAUUUCAUGGUUGUCUACGACAAGUCUCUGCAGUCAUUACCAGCUUGUUCUACAUUUUAUUUAUUUCAUAUUAAUGUAUGCUUUACAUGGAUUGUAUUCCAAAAUGAGACAAACUCUGUACUUUUGUGAUGCUAUGUGAGAUUUGGAAACCUGAUAAGAAGGGCGUGAAAGAAUCGUGCAAUCAUUCCUGUAUGUGACUAAUACUCUUAGUGAAUCUGAGGUUGUUAAAUUAUAAAUUUGGCAAGUAGAAGUCACGUUAAGCCCUGCAGUGUGACGCUGGUCUUGGAGAAGUAAUUGAUUAGAGAGCCUGUGUGAGAGAGUGUGUCCAUGGAUUGAUCGAUUUAGUCAGACAUUCAAGUUUCUAUAAGUUUAUGUCAAGGUUAUGUGAAAGGGUACAGUCAGACUUAUUAACACAUUCUCAGCCUAAUUCAUUGCAGUUUUGAAAGUCUGUGUGGUUGUGGUGAUUACACCUGGCUUGAAUCUCAUCCUGUAGAGGAGACCUAUGCAGAAUGUUGUGGUCUUAUAUUGUGAGUACUGGUGGAGCCAGAAUGGGAAUUAUUAGCAGAUGAAUCAUAAUUGACUUGCCUCCCUAAUUCCAUUAUUAUUAGCUAGGUUCACACAUGGCAUUUGUAGUAAAGGAGUUCAGAGAUUGGAAAGCAUCCAUGUCACCGUUUUGUGAACAUUAAAAGUCUGGAAUUGAACCAGUAUUAUGAGAUUGUAUAGGACAGUUGGCACUUUCAGUAGUAAUAAAAUGGCCUUGUAUGGAUGAUACUUUUCCUGGUGUCACAUUAGGGAUACUCACUAGAUGUGCCAUCAAGGCUGCCUGAAAAUUUGUAACUGUAAAAUGGAAAAGCAUGUUGUAAGAGGAUAGUUGUGGUGGAACAAAACCAUCAAGAGGUUUGGCUGGCCUGAACACUGUAACCCUGCUAGAUGACCACCAUUUCACCACUGUGUGAAAUCUCAUCAGCUUCUGCAUGUAUCACAAAGUCUGCAGUUACAUUUUUACGGCUCAUGGGCUGUCGAGAGACACUUGUAAGAACUCUUUCAGAAAAAUGUGGGUUUUUAAAAUGUCUGUCAAAUAUGGCUUUGCUAAUUCCCUGUGGCAUUUCUACAGGUUUCAGUUUGAGUUUUUGUGUAAUUGUGCUUUUGGAAGAAAUGUAUGAACUGUACCUAAGUUUUGCACUAACUGCUGCUUCCACCAAAGUGAAGAAAUAUUUGAAAGAAGCUUAUCCUGGCACUGAACAAUUGCAUUGUAUAUACUGCAAAGGCAGUAUGCCUUUUUAAAUAAAGGUACUUUAAUGGGAA